AUGAUUUUCUCUCGGCAGCUGACUCCGGAGCGGGGAGAGAUUUUGGUGACAUCGGAGGGAAGGAAACUCAUCCUGGAGGUGGAAAGGAACCGCCUCCUGCUAUCGCCCGGAUUCACCGAGACGCAUUACACCGCAGAGGGCGAGAGGGUGACGGUGACCCCGAACCACACGGAGCACUGCUAUUACCAUGGCCGGGUACGGGGGAAUGAGGAGUCCUCGGUGGCUCUCAGCACCUGUGAAGGGAUCAGCGGCCUGAUUGUGCUGGACGCCAACAACAGCCUCUACCUCCAUCCGCUGGCAGCGCCGGGCUCCGGGAGCCACAUGCUGUACCGCACAGAACACCUUCCCAUUAAAAGUGGAAGCUGCGGCCAUGAAGAGCACUCAGCCAGCGCCGCCUCUCACCUCGGUGAACUCACAUCCCAGCCUGGCCAUCACAGGGUAAGACAUAGGAUGAAGAGGAAUGUGUGGGGGCCUCAGAAGUAUAUGGAGCUGUAUAUAGUCGCUGACUACUUAAUGUACAGAAAGCAGAACAUGGACCUGGGAAAGACCAAACAGCGCAUCAUGGAGAUCACCAACUUCGUGGACAAGUUCUACAUGUCGAUGAACAUCAAGGUGGCUCUGAUCGGCCUGGAGGUUUGGACGUCGGGUGACCAGUGCGAGAUUCGGGAUGACGCCAACCACAGCCUGCGCACCUUCCUGGCAUGGAAACAGAAGCUGAAGAGCAAGAAGAAGCAUGAUAAUGCCCAGCUCAUCACUGGAGUGACUUUCAAAGGAACCACCAUUGGGAUGGCCCCGCUGGAAGGGAUGUGCUCAAUGGAGAACUCUGGGGGCGUCAGUAUGGAUCACUCUGACCUGGCCAUCGGCGCCGCGGCCACAAUGGCUCAUGAGAUCGGACACAAUUUUGGGAUGAGUCACGACAAAGAAUACUGCUGUAAGGAGGCCACCGCGGAGCAAGGCGGGUGCAUUAUGGCGGCUGCUACAGGCCAUCCCUUCCCACGCAAGUUCAGCUCAUGUAGCCAGGAGCAGCUGCGAGCUUACUUCCGGAAAGGCGGAGGAAUGUGCCUGUUUAACAUGCCCAACAUGGAGGAUCUGGUGAUGGGAAAAAAGUGUGGAAAUGGCUUUUUGGAAGAAGGAGAGCAAUGUGACUGUGGAGAGCCAGAGGAAUGCACCAAUCCUUGCUGCAAUGCUAAAGACUGCACCUUGAAGGAGGGGGCGCAGUGCGCACACGGGGACUGCUGCUACAACUGUAAGCUAAAGUCAGCGGGGACUCAGUGUCGGGAGAAAGCGGGGGCCUGUGACCUGCCCGAGUUCUGUCGUGGAGACAACGCCUUCUGUCCCGCCAAUGUCUACAUGAUGGAUGGCUCCUCCUGUGCCUACGAAGAGGCGUACUGUAUGAAUGGCAUGUGCCUGACCCACCAGCAGCAGUGUGUACACCUGUGGGGCUCAGGAGCCCGACCGGCCCCCGACAUUUGCUUUGUUGACGUGAACAAGGCUGGAGACCGAUAUGGAAACUGUGGGAAAGACACGCAGGGCCAGUUUGUGAAGUGCAAACCUCGAGAUGCCAAGUGUGGCAAAAUCCAGUGCCAAAGCAGCGCUGACAAACCCAAACAGGGCAACACGGUCUCCAUGGACACCACCAUUAACGUUGAUGGGUACGAGGUGAAGUGCAGAGGCACGCAUUCCUAUUCGGUGCAGGAAGAUGAAGGAGACUCCUCCGAUCCGGGUCUUGUAAUGACGGGAACCAAGUGUGGAGAUGGCAUGGUGUGCCGAGACCGCCAGUGUCAGAACGCCUCCUUCAUCGACCUUCAGCAGUGUUUAUCUCAAUGUAACGGACAUGGGGUGUGCAAUAAUAACAAGCACUGCCACUGUCAUGCUGGCUGGGAGCCUCCUUACUGUGACAAGUCUGGGCUGGGUGGCAGCGUGGACAGCGGACCUGUACCGGACGACUUUACAGAUGGCCUCAUUGUCUUCCUGCUGCUUCUCUUCCUGGUCGUUCUCCCGCUGGUGGCCUACGGCUUCUAUUACUGGUACCAAAAGCCCAAUUCCCAACUCAGCAAAUGGCUAAAGAAGAGCAAAGCCAAGUGCAGAAUGGGUAAAGCUUCCCGCCAGCAGCCGGCUCGCGCUCAGUCCAAAACGAUCUUCACACAGCGCAGCGUUCCCCCACCGUCGGCCACACAGAAGACUUCAUGGGGCGUCUUUAAAGGAAAAAGCAGUGCGUCAGCAAGCAGUCCGCAGCCAGUCAACAUCGUUCGCCCUCUACACCCACCCUCCAGUCAGACGACCAAAUCCUUCAUACAGCUGAAACCAUCCAGACCUCCUCCACCAGCCAAACCGUCCCCUGUAAUUUUGACACACAAACAAGAGAGCCAGAACACCAAGCUUCUACCUCCGAAGAAACCACUGCCGACCUGCCCUGUCCGCACUCCGCAGCUAAAUCCUCCUCGGAAGCCACUUCCUGGAAACCCAGUCCAGAAGAAGGACUGUUUGCUUGUCACGAUGCCAGCCAACAGCAAACCACCCAUCACUGAAUCUGCCACCCAGCUUAAAGGACACCACUGGCCAAAGCCAGGAAGCAAGGUGCAAGCAGCAGCAGCAGCGUUCCUCCAGAAGCAAUGACAAGCAAGGUACUUGUAGCGACUGUCUCGGCCGAGGGCCAGGAGGGACGGCGUCCUGACAUUUGCAUUUUUAGGAUGAGAAUACCCCUUCAGAUCCUUGAAUGACACUUUCUCACACUGGAUGGACAUCGAUGUGAGAAGUGUCUGUCUGUAGACAAGCGUGUCCGUGUUGUGGUGUACUGCACUGAGAGGAACCCCCAGGCCCCUGGUCUUCCUGGCUUUCUCAGCCACCUCUGAUACAAUAGCACUGAACCCUGGGAUAAUGUCUUCAGAUGUGACUUAUGGAAGGAUAUCUUGAUGAGCUGUCCAUCAGACUGGAAGUUUCCUUCUUCUUCUGAGAAGGAGUUUUGUUCUCCAUAACUGACCUAGACUUAUGGAACCACUGAUAGGAUCUC